CACUUUAUACACUGUCAGGCUUCGUCACCGCUACAUGGGCCCACAGAGUCCCUGGAGCCCGUGGAGCAAUGCCUGCCAGGGAAGGACAGGAGAGGAUGCUCCAUCUGCAGCACCAGCCUUCUGGAUGCGAGUGAAACAAACAGACAAAAAUGGUUGGAGGUUCAUCUCACUGCUCUGGAAGCCCUUGCCUCGCUUUCUAUCCAAUGGCAGAGUCCUCUUCUUCAGUGUGACUUGUCAGACAGAAAGCACUCAGGUCCUGAUUGAUUAUGGAAGCUGCAAAGAUUUGCACCACACGAAUACAUCCUGUAGCCUGCUCUUGCCUGCUGGACGAUGGUCCUGUGCUUUGACGGCUUCCAACUCCGCAGGGACCUCGCCAGAAGCCCGAAUAUGGCUCCGUGGAGCUUCUGAGACAGAGCCACCAGCCCCAAGGCAAGUGACUGCAAAUCCACUGGAUGACAGUGGCUCGGAUGUUCGCUGGACGGCUCCAGUUGAUUGGUCAACGAGCGGCUUUGUGGUGGAGUGGUUUGCUGUCAGAGAGAAAAACAGCAGCAUCCUACACUGGGAAAGGCUGAAUAGUUCCUGUACAGCACUGGUCAUCACAGAGGGAAUAAAGCCAAUGGAGCGUUAUGCUGUUUCUGUCAAAGCGCUGUAUGGUGAACGAGGGGCGGGGCAGAACACGACGGUUCACAUCUAUACACGCCAAGGAGCGCCCUCAGCUGGUCCUCAAGUAGUGGUGCAGCAGAUCUCUGGCAGCAGAGUGGAGCUCAUAUGGAGUCCUGUACCUGUGGAGCUGCUUCAUGGUUUCAUCCGCAAUUACACCAUCUACUCCACAACAGCAAACCAACCAGCCAGGAGAGUGACUGUGCCUGGCCACGUUCUCCGUUACUCUCUAGAGGACCUGUCACCUGGUAACUACGACAUCUUCAUGCAGGCCAACACUGACGCUGGAGCCGGAGCAGCUGGGCCCAUCGCUAAUGUGCACAUAGGCUCUGAGGAAAUCUGGAUCGUGAUCUAUGUCAUCCUUCCUCUUAUUCUGACUUCCCUGGUGCUGGUGCUGAUGGCCUGCCUGGCACAGAAUAAGAUGGUGAAACAGAAGCUGUGUCAAGACAUCCCCGAUCCUUCCAAUAGCAGCUUGGCCCACUGGAUCCCAAAAGUCACUUUGGAGAGUAUGAGGCGGCCUGCAUUGGCAGAGAAGACCGAAAUCAAAUACUCUGAGGUUAUUUUGCUUGGUGAAAGAGAGCUGCUGAACGCCGACCCAGAUCAGGACAUCAGCUAUCAGAGUAAUCUCCAAACAUAUUCCUCUGACCGCUACUCUCCGCUCCCGGUUCCAGGGGAUCAGACACCUCAAGAUACCAGAAAAUCUGAGAAGAAGUGCAUCGAAAGCUCAAGCAGAGCCAAGACGACCUCCAACACUGAUCUCUCAUCCUGCCCCUCCAUCUACUCCAGUGUCCUCAUCUCUCAGACGCUCAAAUGUCCCCCUACAGCCCUCCUAUCCCUCUCCAACCGCCUAUCCAGUGACUGGCAGCACAGCACUGUCAGUGUUAAUGACAGUAAGCUCCAGCUAGGUGGAGACAGUGAGCCGUCCGUGUCUCUGCAGGGCAGGAGCACCACCAAAUCUGACUCACCUCUUUCUCAAACAGAUGAACUGAAAACCUUCCGUCUUUUUCUGAAACGGCAUCAAAGCACUCUCUCUUCUCAUUCGUCGUCCGUCCUGCUUUCUCACCCAACUGAGGUCACAUCUCCACAACACCCUUUUUCUCCUAGCCUGUAUAACUUGUUACCUUCGCUGCAGCCCGACACCUUCACUCGCUCCGAUGAUACUUUCAAUCCGUCGUUUUCACCUUUUCCUCACUCUGUUUUUGUGGAUUUCUCCUACUGUCCGGUGGAGUGUGAUCCUUACAUCUCCCCUGCUGUUUAAUUUCAUGCCAGGGAAAUAUAAGUUCAAACAUUUUUUUUACAGUGUCCAUA